CCAAAUUUCGCCUUAUUAGUGGCCUAUUCCACGAAUUAUACAAGUAUUGUCUUUCAUGCUGGUAAAUCAUUAUUAUACUAAUAAAUUCAAAUUUCUUAAGGUAGUUCUGGAAACCAUUGAUUUUUUUACAUGAUAAAUUGUGAGAAUUAUCAUCAUCACCAGACCCCACUGGUGAGGUACAGUAUUCUAUUGAUGCAAUCGAAAGCACAGAGGAGCUUCAGAUAAUAUGUUUAUGACCCAUCCUAAGACCAGUUCUCGCGAAAGCGUCAACCACGCACCAUCGAGCUACUUAAACUUUUGGUUUUCCUUAUCUUACCGAAAAAAAAUCUUCAUAUACUUACGCGUAGCCUAUAAGUUAAAUAUACCUAGUUUUUUAUAUCUAUAUUUAUGCAAACAAGUAUAUAAAUAUUUCCAAUUCUAAAUGAUUUUACUAUACCGCUAAUAACUAUCAUUCCUUACAUAUGGUUUUCAAAUAAAAUAAUAACGGCAAAGUGGUAUAAUCAAAUCAUGAGAAACAAUCGUUCUUCUAAUCGAUAACAAUUCGAAUAACUUAAAAACAUUUCAAUCUAACAAAUCCUAAUCAGAUAAACAAAUGACACGGUUCGAUUAAGCAGUGUGUAUUCAUACAGUCGGAGGGCCGAUACUAUCCGUACGCUAACAGUGAUAAAAAACAUAAUGUGGGACAAGCUAAUUAUUAUAUUUGCGUGCGCCUUAACUUAUAUAUAUUGGAAAAUAUCUCAAGAGAAAUAUAAAAAGUACAAGUUUACGUUGAAAUUCUUUAUAUUCUAUUUGUAUGCGUCAAUGUGCGCUUUCUUUGUGUGGCCAUUCUUCCUGCUUAAUCCAAAAAGUGUACACAACGCGAGAUUUGGUGCUUGGCUAAUAAAACCCAUCACAAAAUUAUAUCAAAUAGAAUUUGUACUUCGCAAUGGCGAAAUACUGACGGAGGAAAGAGGCGCGGUCAUCGUGUCCAAUCAUCAGUCGUCCCUCGAUAUAUUGGGGCUGUUCAAUAUUUGGCACGUGGUGCACAAAAUGACAGUGAUAGCUAAAAACGAGCUUUUCUACGUGUGGCCGUUUGGUUUAUCUGCUUACCUAGCUGGUGUGGUGUUUAUAGAACGAACCAACGCGAAAAACGCAUACAAGCAACUUGCCAUCACCUCUGAUGUAAUGCUUAAGGAUAAGAGUAAAAUAUGGGUAUUCCCUGAAGGUACGAGGAAUAAAGAUUACACAAAGAUGCUACCAUUCAAGAAAGGAGCUUUCACCAUGGCAGUGGCUGCACAAGCGCCUAUUAUACCCGUCGUUUUCUCUCCUUACUAUUUUAUAAAUAAAGAAAAAGGCCUUUUCGAUAAAGGCCACAUAGUAAUACAGUGCUUAGAACCGAUCAGUACUAAAGGUCUGUCACCUGAAGACAUACCAGAUCUCAUAAAUAAAUUGCAACAUAAGAUGAUGACCACAUACAAAGAAUUGACCAAGGAAGUCCUAGAUACGUUACCGGCUGAUUAUCCAUUCACGACAGUCGGAUAGCCAUAGAAAACUUUAGCAUUAUGUAUUAGCCGUAAUUGUAUUAUUAAUCAUCUCGUUUAAAAUAUUGAAAUACUAGCUUACAUAAAGAAUAACUUAAUAUGCUGUUCUAAGAAUAGGAAAGAGAAGAAUUAUUAAAUGGUAAACGGGUCUGUCGCGUAGCUUAUUAUUUUUCAUUAGAAUAACAUUCGAAGUUAAUGAGUUUUAGUUCAAAUUGUACUGAAUACUGCAAAAAAUGUUAUUCGAUUUACGUAUGAUUAAAU